AUGUCACUAAAAACCAGCAAAGUACCUCAGAAAUGGAAAUCCGCUAAUUUAUUACCACUCCCUAAAGAAUCACCAUUAAAUUCGUGCAACCAGUUAAGACCAAUCUCUCUGACGGACAUCAUCAUGAGACUAUUCGAGAAGUGCGUGUAUAAAUCUGAAAUCGAACCUAUCACAAGAAAUAACAUUGGUCCUGACCAAUUUGCUUAUAAAAAGGGUCACAACUCGACUAUGGCUCUGAUUAAAUCCCAACAUCAAUGGCUAGCGUGGCUGGAUAAAAACGCUAAUUAUGUUAGAGUGCUGUCGUUCGAUUUCAGCAAAGCAUUUGACAGUGUGCCCCACGAUCUUUUGUUUGAAAAAGUUAAAAAGCUACCCAUUAAUCCGUAUGUGGUGAACUGGUUAAUCAGCUUUCUAGAAAAUAGAAUACAAAGAGUAAUGGUUGAUGGAAUGGUUACAGAAUAUUUAUAUAUUAAUCGUGGUGUCCCUCAAGGUACUGUUUUAGGCCCAGUUCUUUUCUCAAUAAUGGUUGAUGAUAUUAAAACUGCUGAUCCUAGUAAUGCGUUAGUCAAAUUUGAUGACGAUUUGACGUUAGGAGUGCCCGGCAACGAAAGUGGUGACACAUCUCGAUCUGAAGCUGCCUGUUUACAGGAUUGGGCGGAAGAGAAUAGAAUGCCCUUAAACUUGGAAAAAACGUACGAAAUGGUUGUUCGCAGACACACCUCUGUAGUUUUGCCCGAGCUUAUCCCUUCAAUUAAGCGAAAAACAUGGCUAAAGCUUUUAGGAGUUACUCUACAAGAUGCAACUGGGAUUUGCACUUUGAAGAAAUGCUCAAAAAAGCAAGUGGACGAAUGUACAUUAUGA